AAUCUAUGUUCGAAUAGUCGAGAUGAUCCAACCUAAAAUAAAAGACUUGCAUAUUUAAAGUAUUUUAGUAGAACAGUUCUAUUUUCUGAAAAAUCGUUCGAAGGUUCCACCAGGUCAUUUUUUGAAAACAUAUUUAACACUAGAUAAAAAAAAUAACGAAAAUCAUGAUGGCGUGAUGACGUAUGUCAAGAGUGGGAUGCGAACCCAGAUCUUUGGCGUCAUAUGCACGGGCUUCAACCAUUACACCAUGAACGCUACAAAAAGGAGGAUAAAAUGAAUCGCUGUGUUUAGCUUCAAAUUCAGAAUAUUGAAAAAUACGUCAAAAACUAAUUGCUAUCAAACAUCUCUAUAAAUUAACUGAAAAACGGUAGAAAUAUUGAACAAAAAACAACCACUGAUUGAGAAUAAUUGCCGAAUUGAGGAUUUUUGUGCAUUUUUUUAGAUAAACUAUAUGUUCCAAAAAAUGCUUCAAAUAUGCAUAUCUCCCAUUUUAGGGCUGAGUAUCUUGACUUCCCGAACAUAAACUUAUUCUGGGACACCCUAAUUAGCGGUCAAUUUAUUCAUGUGGAGAAUCGGUCAGUUUUUCGUCCGGAAGAAAAAGUGUCCCGAAGCAGAGGCAACGAUGGCAUCGAUUUCGCUACCGCGAGUGCUCCAGAGCAAGAAGAAUAAUUUGGACAUCGAACACGAGAACCUGAUCAAGAACAUGAUUGCAUGAAGCAGAAGCAGAGAUAAUAAAAAUACAAGAAAAAAUCCGAAGUUCCAACUAGUCUACGGCGAGCGACCAAGCAGAGCAGCGCCAUCAUAUCCUAAUCAAUUUACACACCUCGCGUUUUGCUAACCACUUUUUUUCUGAUCGAUCGAUCGUCGUUCGCGUAUUGCGCUUUUUGCAACGAAUGGGAUGAUGAGCAACUAAAACAAUCCUACUUAGUGGAGGCACGGUGACGCACUACCUACGGUUGAUGAUAGAAAAAAAGAAACGCACCAGUUGGAAAAAAUCGGAAAACAUCGAAUAACUGCGUUGACCGUGAAACCGAGAUCAUUAUGGGCUUUUACUUUCGACGGCUGUGACUGCGAAGCCGAACUGUAGUAAUCACAUCAAUUCGGAGGAAAUUUGGAGGCGUUACUCCACAUCUAAGCGAUCGGCUGCUGAUAAGCCGUUAUCACUCGUGACGUUGGACACUGGCAGAGACAGAUUUCCUACUAAAUAACCAAUCGUGGCCAUAACGCAUUUUAAAUCGAUUUUAAGUGAAAAGUGAUUUUUAUAUAGGAACAAACUGUAGAUAAUUGUACAUACUUUUAAAACAAUCAUAAGAUGUCGUUGACCGAUAAAGAAUACUACAACCUGACCAUGAGCAUCUCCAAAGCGUUGAGCGUUCAGGAGAUGCCCAUCAAGGUCAAGCACGUCCGGGCGGCCAUCAUCGGGACGUUCCACAGCAAGGGCGGUCAUGCCUUCUGGGCCAUUGCCAUCCGGCAGCCGAUCCAGGACAACCGGAUCGUGGCGUGGAAGUUCUGCCACCUGUUGCACAAGAUCUUGCGCGAAGGUCAUCCGCUGUGCUGUCAGCACUCGAUGCGACACCGGGGUAUGCUGACCGAGGCCGGUAAGCUGUGGGGACACCUGAACGAUGGCUACGGGAUUUGCAUCAAGCACUACACGAAGCUGCUGGUGACGAAGUUGGAGUUUCAUGACCGGAACCCGGGCAUACCGGGGAGCUUGGCGCUGAAACCGGGAGAGCUGGAGAAGAUCGGCGGUGGCGAUAUUAAUUUCUACUUUCAACUGGCGGUGGAAAUCUUCGAUUAUUUAGAUGACAUCAUUGCCCUUCAAGCUACUAUCUUCACCUCCAUCACAACAUUCUGCGUCAGUUCGAUGACCUCAGCUGGACAAUGUCGGCUCGCUCCGCUCAUCCCCUGCAUCCAAGACUCCAACCCACUGUACGACUUCGUCGUCCGGAUAAUGUUCAAACUGCACGCCAACCUGCCAUCGGAUCUACUCACAGGCCACCGGGAACGCUUCCGCACCAUCUUUCACCAGCUCAAGUCGUUCUACAACCAAUCCCGCAACCUGCAGUACUUCGUUAACCUUAUCACCGUACCCAAGCUCCCAGACGCACCGCCAAACUUCGAACAGCAAAGCGACCUCGGCAACUACCAGGCUCCGGUCGUCGUUAUGCCCGACUCGGACCCCAUGGAAAACGACACCGAAUCCGUGGUGUCCGAUAGUCUCAUCGACACCACCGAAGCCGCUCCACCCAUUCCGGAACUCCCGGUCAACCAUCACCACCACAACAACGUCCAACAGGCGGUGCCACCACCAUCGGCCGUCCUCAGCCAGCAGGUCCAGGAGCUGGAACGGCUACUCAAGGACCGGGACGACCUCAUUCGGCACCUGCAGAUGGAGAUCGAACGGCUUACCAACUACGUCAAGUCGCUCACGAUCGAACAGCGGGACGUGCAGCACCGGCUCGAAGACCAGAUCGCUCAGCUGAACUCGCACCUGACGGACACCCGGGCCGAGGUGUCCAACCUGCGAAUCCAGAAGGAGGAACUGGAGCUGCGAGCACAGUCCGCACCCACCCUGGAGCAGAAAGCCCAAGCCGAGGAAGAACGAGCCAAAGCAAGUGAGGAAAAGUUCCAGAAACUUAAGUCGAUGUACACUCAGAUUCGGGACGAGCACGUCAAACUGCUUCGACAGACCAAGUUUUAUGAAUACAAGAUCAGCUGCUACAGACAGCACGGUGAAAUCGGCAAACAGCUGGCCGCCUCGUCCAAGGCCGCCUCGGACGCCACCAAAGCCAAAGAAGAGCUCCGCGUUCAGCUGGAGGAAAUCCAGCAGAAGCAGACGGUCGUCGAGGAACAACUGCAGCAGAGUUCCUCGGAAGCCAAGCGGGAACAGGAAGCCGUGGCAGAGGAGCUCCGAGCCAUCACCGAAAAGUACGAAACUCUGCAGAGCAAGUUCGAGGAGAUGGAAGCCAACCGGCAGGCGGAGAUUGCCGAGCUGAGGAUCAGCAAGGAACGGGUCGAGGAGGAACUGAGCACAUUCCAAAGCGAACGGGACACGCUGCAGACGGAGAAGGGCGCUCUGGAGAGCAGCUUGGGCGAGAUUCAACAGGAGCGGCAGGAGUUGGCACAGCAGUACGAAGAGGUACUCGGCAAGCUGGAGAUGUUGCAGAUUCGGACGGACGAGUACUCGAAGGAAGAGGUGGCACUGCAGCAGAGCGUCAGCCAGAAGGCACAGCAAGCGCAAGAACUCGUGGACAAACUGGAUCAACUGGAACGGGACUACGAAUCGCUGCAACAACGGCACACCGACCUGGAAGCAGCCAAGGCGGCCCAAGAGCAGGAGUUCAACCGCAUUCACGAGGAGGAUCUGCUCAAGCUGGACGCGCUACAGGGUGAAAUGGGUGAGCUGAGUGCGCAGAAGGACGAGCUGAUUGCCAUCAAGGCGGAUACCUGUGCGCAGUUGGUCGUACUGCAGACGGAGUCCAGCCAGCGAAGCGCGGACUUUGAUUCGCUGGAGAAAGAUUUGAAGAAUGUGAUCGAACAGAAAGAUCACGAACUGGAGGAGCUGCGCGCUAGGUAUCAGGAGCUGGAGGAGAAAUAUCAGUCUCUCGAUGCAAACAUGGACCGACUGCUGGCCGAAAAGGGAGCAAUCGAGUCCGACCUGCAAGAUCUACUUCACCAACAGGAGCAAAUGGAGCACCGGUACCAGGACGCGCUCGGUACGAUCAAGAACCUGGAAAAUUGCCUGAUCGAUACCAAGAUCAGCGGCGAAACGGCACUCCGAACGCUGCUAGAGGCCUGCAUAAAGUCUUCGGAAAAGCUAACGCUACGGGCGAUCAGCGAGAAUGAAAUGCCCGGAGCUGGCGGAACGCCGACCUACUUCCUGAUGAUCGCCGAAGAGCUGCAGGAAGUCCUGUCCAAGCUGGCGAUCGUGCACGAAAACUACCUGAAGGACAACUCGACGAACGUGGAAUCGCUGGCCCGGAAAGUGAUCAUCGGAGCGCAUCUGCUGGCUUCGGCCCACGUUCAAGGGAUGUCCAUCUGCAAUCGAUCCGCCAACAUUGAGUGCGGUGAACGCAUAGCGGAGGAGAUCAAAGAGCUGAGCGGAUCCAUAACCGGCCUGUUCCAGUCGCUGCAGAAGACCAGUGAAUCGGCUAACGUGUCGGAGAAGAUCACCGAUCUGAAGACGAAGCUGCAAGCGGUAACGGAAAUGAUCGGAGACCUGAGCAAACAGUCAGACGGCACGGAGAACCUCGGUGAUCUGGUGGAAAACGAACUGUCCAGCAUGGACAAGGCGAUCGAGGAAGCGGCAUCGCAGAUUGAGGAAAUGCUCUCCAAGUCCCGUGCGUCCGAUUCCGGCAUCAAGCUCGAGGUGAACGAAAAGAUCCUCGAUGCCUGUACCUCGCUGAUGCAGGCCAUUCGGGUUCUGGUCCAGAAAUCACGGCUCCUUCAGUCGGAAGUUGUCGCCCUCGGAAAGGGUUCCGCGUCGGCGAAGGAAUUCUACAAGCGGAACCACCAGUGGACCGAAGGGCUUAUCUCCGCCGCCAAGAGUGUCGCCCAGGGAGCAAACUUUUUAGUGACGGCCGCCAACAAAACCGUUUCCGGAGGUGCCCGGCACCAGCUGGACCUUAUCGUGGCCGCUCAGGAGAUUGCGGCCUGUACCGCUCAGCUUGUAGUGGCCAGUCGCGUCAAGGCCCCUCGCGGUAGUCAGAACCUGGCGGCCCUCGGAACCGCCUCCAAGAACGUUACCCAAGCUACCGGAAUCGUGGUGGCCACUGCCAAAGACUGCAGCCAGCGGUUGGAGGACUCGCAGGACCUGGACCUGGGCUCGCUGACCGUCCAUCAGGCCAAAACCAAGGAGAUGGAAAUCCAGGUCAAGGUACUCGAGUUGGAACAGGCUCUGCAAACCGAACGGAUGCGACUGGCGGCGUUCCGCAAGAAGAACUACCAAUCGCCAGUGGAAGAUUAAAUCCCAUGAAAGUGUUGUUAUACAAGGAACUGAUUGUUUUGUUUAUCUCUCUAAAUCAAUCGUGGAAAUAUCGUUAGAAAAUACCAUAGAAACAAUAGGGAUUUGUAGUUUUGGACAAAUGGACCGAAAGACUUUAUAAAAAUGAUUCCAGUAAUAA